AAAGAAGACAAGACGCACUCGAAAUUUUGCUUCCUUUAACCUGAGUGAAACUGGGUUGGGCCGAACAAGGCCUAUGGAAACCGGAUCAUAGAAGCAGGUAACUUUCUUUUUAGAAAAAAAAAAAAAAAAACUAAAGAAGAAGAAGAUCGGUGGUGGCAACCCUAGACCAGAAUUUCUUCAUUGCUUUUCCAGCAGCUUUGUCUGUAAUUUGUUAACAACUUGGACUCCGCAUCUUUCAUAUUUUUCUGUCUUUCCUCUCCCUCUUUUUCCCUUUCUUUUUUCUCUGCCUUUUUCGUAAUUGACACGGUCCUUUCACAUAUUGCGCAUUGAGCAGAAUACAAUUGCUCUCUCACAUUAAAAGCUUAAGCUUAGGCAUCACUCACGACUGCUCUAUCAAUAAACAGUCUUUUGGAAGGAGAGAAUCUCUGUGCUUUAGCACAAUACAAAAUGGCUUUGGUUGUAAUCUGUGGCCAACCCUGCAGUGGGAAGUCUUUGGCUGCAGUUUGCUUAGCCAAAGCACUCAAAGAAUCAGACUCUAAAUUAACCACUAGGAUCAUUGAUGAAGCUUCAUUCCAUCUUGAUCGUAACCAAAGUUAUGCCAAUAUGCCUGCCGAGAAAAACUUAAGAGGAGUACUGAGAUCUGAAGUUGAUAGAUCUGUAUCGAGAGACAGUAUAAUCAUAGUUGAUUCUUUGAAUAGCAUCAAGGGGUAUAGGUAUGAGCUUUGGUGUUUGGCUCGUGCUGCAGGAAUAAGAUAUUGUGUGCUAUUCUGUGAUGUGCAAGAAACUCAAUGUCGAAAAUGGAAUGAACAGCGCAGAGAGAAGGAAGAGGGCGCAUAUGACGAUGCUAUAUUCGAAGACUUGGUGAGAAGGUUUGAGAGGCCGGAUAAAAGAAAUCGAUGGGAUUCCCCAUUGUUUGAAUUACGGCCUUCUGAAGAUGGAAUUGAGAAAUGUUCUGCUGCGAUUUUAGAUGCUGUUUCAUACCUGACAAAAACAGUAGACUCCAAAACUCGGGACGUCAGGAUUUUACAGCCAACCAUUGCUACACAAAAUACACGUUUUUCAGAGGCAAAUUCUCUGUAUGAGUUGGACAGGGCAACCCAAGAGGUGAUCAAUGUCAUUGUGGAAGCACAGUCCCAGGCAGUUGGAGGCCCACUAAAUGUUAUUUCUCUUGGUCAGGAUUUACCGACUCUCAGCACUUCAAGAUCAGUUGGGUUGCCAGAGCUCCGAAGACUCCGGCGAACUUUCAUUAAGUUGACAGGCCAAACAAGCUUAAGUGGACGACCCCCACCUUCAGAUGCAGACAGUGCAAAGAGGAUGUUUGUGGAUUACUUGAAUAGGGAAUUAGGUACUGCUUAAAAGAGAAGUGAUAUUGUACUAUAUGUUUGUUACUGCCUGCUAGCAUUUUUGGAGGAAUCUCUAAAAUAUUCAAUUUUUAAGAUAUUGUGCUAACUGACAUGAAUAAAAGGACUUGCAUUUUGUGUGAUUUA